UUUCAGUUCAACAACAACAACUUUACAUGCCUAGACUUUUACAGCAUCUGACGCCUUGCUCUUAAUAAGAGUCGUUGGUGUUGCCUGAUACAUAAACUCGACCUCUACUCCUUCCGUUUUAUGAAAUAAAUCCAUUACUCGACUACCUUGCUCAUACAUAGCCAACCUCCGAUCAUCACUUGGCUGUUCCCACUCAGCUACAGCAUCACCGAAAGGAAGAUAUUCCAAUCAACAUAGCACUGCGUAAAAGUCUCACCGAUGGAUCAAGUCAUGGACGGAGGCCGACUGCCUCUCGAACAAUGGUUCUGGGAGAUGCCAACAUGCACCCGUUGGUGGACAACCGCUACCAUUCUGACUAGUGCCCUGGUUCAAUGCCAGAUGGUCACUCCUUUCCAACUAUUCUACAGCUUUCGCGCGGUAUUCGUGAAGUCACAGUACUGGCGACUCUUGACAACGUUUCUCUACUUUGGCCCCUUCUCGCUCGAUCUACUGUUCCACGUCUACUUCCUUCAACGAUAUGCGCGCCUUCUAGAGGAGUCAUCGGGUCGAUCGCCUGCUCAUUUCUCGUGGCUCCUACUUUAUUCAAUGGCCUCCUUGAUCGCUCUGUCGCCCCUUGUUUCCAUGCCAUUCCUCGGUCACCCGCUCUCCUCGACGCUGGUCUACAUAUGGUCCCGACGCAACCCAGAGACUAGACUGAGCUUCCUCGGCUUACUUGUGUUCACCGCGCCCUACUUGCCCUGGGUGUUGAUGGGUUUCAGCCUUGUGUUGCACGGCACUAUCCCCAAGGAUGAGAUCAUGGGUGUCGUUAUUGGACAUGUUUGGUAUUUCUUUUCUGACGUUUACCCUCCUCUGCACAACGGUUCUCGCCCCCUUGACCCUCCUAACUGGUGGAGGCGUCUGUUUGAGGCUCGAGCUCGAGUUGACGCGGAUGAUAGUACAAACGACAUCAUGGUUGCCGGGGCUCGAGAAGCUGCGCCCCGAGACCUUUAAAGGGUCAAUGACAGAGAAGGAGAUUCGCUUCAGCAAGGAACAAUAGAGCCAUUAUGCUCAAUAUUUGCUAUGAAUUGGCGUUCAGGAUUGGUAUGUUUUGGAAGCAUGGCACCGGACAGAUGUAUUGCCGAUAGCGUUGAUUUAUUAUGGCGUUGUCAGAUUGGAAUGAACAAUAGCAUUUGAGCAUCCGGUAAAACUGGUGGUCAUUUGUGG